ACUAUUGUACAAAAAUCUAUUUAAAUAUUAUAAUAAUGGAAGCAAAAAUUUCACACAGUGGAUUGUUGGCACGUAGUCCUGAAGGUCAUGCAGCACGUGGUAUGCAAAUUAAAGGAAAUGAAGAUCUUUGGGUGGAGAUUCAAGCAAAUACAUUCAGAAAUUGGGUUAACGAACAUUUACCACAAGACCAACGUGUUCAUGAUCUAUCGACUGACCUAUGUACAGGUGUACGAUUAUGUAUAUUAGUUGAAUCAUUACAGGGUCGUCCAAUGCGACCCUCAUAUAAUAAACGUCCAAUGAAUCAACAUCAAUAUUUGGAAAAUGUAACAGCGGCAUUAAAUGCAAUUGAAAAAGAUGGUGUUAAACUUGUUAACAUUGGUAAUGUCGAUAUUGUAAAUGGUAAUCUCAAAUUAAUCCUCGGUUUAAUAUGGUCACUAAUUGUCCGCUAUCAAAUCGGUCGAUCCAAAUUCCCACCACGCAAGCUAAUGUUAGCAUGGUUACAAGGUGUUUUACCAGAAUGUGAAGUACAUAAUUUAACGACAGAUUGGAAUUCUGGUAUACUAUUAUCAGCAUUAGUAGAUUAUUGCCAGCCUGGCUUAUUCCCACAUUGGCGUUCGCUGAAUAAAAAUAAUUCAGUGGAGAAUUGUCGACGUGCUAUGUCUGUGGCACAAAACGAUUUGGGUAUACCAGCUGUACUAGAACCAGAAUAUUUAGCAUCUCCGUGGUUGGAUGAGUUGAGUGGUAUGACGUAUUUAUCAUAUUUUAUGAAACCAAAUUCACCAGGAUUUUAUGCAACGUUACGAUGGGUAAAUUCACGAUUGAAGAAACCGAUCAAUGGUUUUACGACUGAUUGGAAUGAUGGUAAAGUUUUAGCUGAAAUUGUACGUUCAUUAGGUGGAAAUGUUCCACAACCGGACACAAUGCGUACAGAUCCUUCACAUUGGGAAGAUAAUCUAAAUAAGGGUAUUACAGCUGGUGAACGUUUGGGUGUACGUCCAAUAUUAAGUGCACGCGAUAUGGCCGAUAAAAAUGUUGAACAUUUAGGUGUGAUGGCAUAUGCAGCACACUAUCAAUGGGUACCAGAACGACCUCCAAUGCAUGAUCUAAUUAAAGUACAUUUGGAUUCGACAUCAGCACGUGUGGGUGAACCGAUGAGCUACGCUGUAAAAUUAUUAGAUAAUAAUCUAUCAUAUAGUUCGCUACGUAUUGAAAUCAAAUCACCAGAUAACCGUAAUCAUAUAUGUCAACAUAAUCGUGGCCAUGGUGAAUAUACACCAUUAAAAAUUGGAAUGCAUGAAAUUGUUUUAUAUUAUGAUAAUGAAUUGAUACCAACAUCAUAUUUCUUCCGUGUCUUACCACCAUUGGUUGAAGUUGCACCACCUGGAAUGGCACCAUGCGCUUUAGGUUCACUUGUACAAGUGUUGGUGAAUGCGACAGGUGCACCCAAGAAAGAAGAUAUUCUAGUAACCGCAUAUAGCCCACACAAUCGACCAUUAAAAUGUCCAUUACAAACCAUCGACGGUACAAAUAGUGCAACAUUUAAACCAGACGAAGCUGGUGAAUGGCGUAUUGAAAUCACAUACCAAGGAAAACAUAUACAAGGUGGUCCAUUCACAUGUCAAGUCUUCGAUACACGUGGUGUUUAUGUAUCAGGAUUUGAAGGUGCUUUACCAUUAUUACCACAUGUAUUAGAAGUGGAUACCACUGCGGCAGGUGUAGUUGGUGAAGUUUAUGCUGAUGUGGUGCAUGAUAAACGAUCGACUCAUGUUCGAGUGGAAAAAGUUGAUGAUCAUCAUUAUAAGUUACAUUUUACACCGAAACAUAAUGGAAAACAUAGGGUAUAUGUCUAUUUCAAUGGUUACGAUGUAAAAGGUUCACCAUUCAUGAUGAAAGUUGGCACUCAACGUGGUAAAAAAUCCAGUAACAGUUCACCAAGUAGCAACACAUACCGCCAAAGUCCAUUAUUCAAUCAAUCCUCAUCCAAAUUAUUCACAAAUACCACAUCAAAUAGUCCUAGUCCAAGUAAUAUGUAUCGUAAUAGUCCAAACCAAAGCUAUUCUAGAAAUUAUAAUUCAAAUAGUCCAAGUCCUGUUCAAUUGGAAUCAUCAACGAAAAAUUAUCAAACAAAAACAAGUAGUUAUCAACGAUCAACGGACGUAGUUGAUCAUCGUAGUUCACCAAUUGAACGACAUAACUUAUCACCAACACAAAGUCCAAGUUACUAUCGGAAUCGAUUGGGUGGAGAAAGUCCAGAUCAAUCGGAAUAUUAUAAGAAAACCGUCGAAACAACACGCACAUACGAUACUAGUCCAAACACUUCGAAACUAUCCUCGAUGCGAAUUACAGAGGCUCGAAGUCCAAUUUUUAUGGAUUACGAAACGAAAACAAAAUCACCAUAUACGACUGUCUACGAUAAAGACAUUAGCGAAAAGAAACAUUACACAAGUACUUUAACUCGAAAUAUAAACACCGAAGAAGAUAUUAAAGUCGAUACACGACCUAUCGUACAAUCAUCGUUUGCGACAGAUCGUUCAGUUUUACGAAAAGAUUCACGAGAUGCCAUUGAGAAAACAAAAAAUUUACUAUCGUAUCGAAGUUUAGAAUCGGUGGCUAAUUUAGCAGAGAAUCAAUUAAAUUCGAAUAAUUAUGGCGUAACGACUUCAGUUAAACAUCAAAAUUAUGAUAAUCAAUAUGUGAGUUCGAAUAAAAUUCAAGAAUCUCGAACAAUCAGUAAUAAUUCAUCGUCGAAGAUCCAAAGUCAUUUGGAUACCAAAACUAGUAGUGGACUUAAUAGCACUUCGAAGUUAUUUAGUAGUAGUCAUUUGGAUAGUUUAACCAGUAGUGGCGUAACUGGUGCUCGUGCUGUUAAAGUUCAACCAGUACCAGAUGGUAUUAUUGGGCAACCUGUAGAAUUUGAAAUUGAUGGGAGUGGAGCUGGUUCUGGAGAUUUGGAAAUAUUGGUCGAAGGUGGUCGUGUUACGUCUAGCGUACGAAGUUUGGGUGGACAACGUUUCCGAGCUGCAUUCACUCCACAUCAAGCGUUACCACAUCGUGUUGAUAUUCGAUUUAAUGGGGAAACAGUACCAGGAAGCCCUUGGAAUGUGAAUAUAAUGACGCCGCCAUCAUUGUCUGUAAUGGGUGAUUCAACACGUCUGGUGCCAGCAAAUAGUUCAGCAAUAUUUGAAAUAAUCACAAGCAAUCCGAAUUUAUCAUCCGACGAGCUAACCGUUAAUGUGUUAGCACCAUCUAAACGUAUUGUACCCGCUCGUGUAUUACCUGGCAUUAAUUCUGGUGUACAUAGUGUAGAAUUUUUACCAACUGAAGUUGGUACACAUAUCGUUGAGGUGGCAAUUGGUGGUGAAAAAUUAGCAGCUGGUCCAUUAAUUGCAAAAGUAUAUGACGCAGAAUUGAUACAAGUAGCGGAUGUUAGUAGUGGUAUUGUGGGACAACCUGUACAAUUUCGAGUCGAUGCGAGUCAAGCAGGCGAAGGUCAAUUAGAAAUAUCAAUAAACGAAGGUGAAGUACCAAACCACGUCCAAGUAGUUGGCGGCGGCAGAUGUUUAGUAUCAUUCACACCCGAUCAAGCGAAACCACAUUUAAUUGAUAUUAAAUUCAACGGCGAAACAGUCCGUGGAUGUCCAUUUAUUUGCAACGUCACAGAUACAAGUCGAGUCACAUUAAACUUAAGCAACUUAGAGUUAAUUCCGGUACAUCAACCAAGUAGUUUUCAUAUAGGAGUUGGAGGAGGUGGAGCUGCUGAAUUAGCAGUAGCUGUACGUGGCCCUCUUGGUGAAUUACCUGUCAAAGUAACAGGAGACAUUCAUUCAGGAUUUACCGCAGAAUUUACACCAAAUCAAGUUGGUGCACAUCAAAUCACUGUCGAUUACAAUGGUCGCCCUGUACAAGGUACACCAUUUAUUGCAAAAGCAUUCGAUGCAUCACGUGUCACUGUUGGAUCUGUGUCACGAGGUACUGUUGGACGACCCGUGACUUUUUCUGUUGAUGCCAGCGAUGCUGGUGAAGGAAAUCUCGAAAUCACAAUAUCAGCCAGAGGAUUAAAUAUACCAACACAAGUACAUCCACAAGGCAAUGCUCGAUUUGCAGUCAGUUUUAUACCUGCAGAAGCAUGCGAUCAUAUUGUAAAUGUGGCAUUUAAUAAACGAGCUGUUGAAGGAUGUCCGUUAAUUGUGGGUGUUAGUAGUGGAGCAGGUGGACCAUCUGUGACAUUGCCUGGACCUGGACCCGUUCAUAAACCGGCUACAUUACUUAUAAAUCAUUCUGGGAAAUUGGAAGAUAUUGAAGUAAAUGUUGAAGGGCCAGGCGGGCAAGCUGUUCCAACACAAGUACAAUCGCUUGGAAAUGGUUCUGGAUUUCGUGCUGAAUUUGUUCCACGUGUGGUUGGCGAACAUCGCGUGGCAGUGUCAGUACUUGGUACACCAGCACCAGGCAGUCCGUAUGCCGCAAAAGUUUACGAUGUGAAUGCAAUUAAGGUGAAAGAAGCUGUUUUUGGAGUUGUAGGAAAACCAGUUACAUUCCUAGUUGAAACAAGCCAAGCAGGUCCAGGGAAUUUAGAAGUAACAGUAAAUGGUGGUCGUGUACCAACUUCUGCGCAAGCUCAAGGACCACAUACGUAUGCAAUUUCUUUCACACCACGAGAGGCCACACCUCAUUCAGUCGAUUUACGAUUUAAUGGACAAGAUGUACCUGGUAGUCCAUUUACGUGCACAAUUGCUCCAGCUGCCCGGCUGGUUGGCCCUGAUUCUUUGGAUAAAGUAUCUGUUGGUCAACCGUGCCAAUUUUCUGUGGAAAGUUUAACGGCUCCGAUUGUUGAGAUUUUGGGACCAUCCAGAAGGCCGUUAACACCUAAAAUUGUACCUCAUCCUGAUUCUGAAGGAAAAUUCAAUGUUGAAUUUGUCCCAAUUGAUGUGGGAGAUCAUAGUGUUGAGGUUCGUAUACCUGGAGGUCACAUUGAAGGAAGUCCUUUCCUAGUAAAAGCAUACGAUGCUAGUCGAGUCAGUGUCACAGAUAUUACCGAUGGUGUCGUUGGAAAACCAGUCAGUUUUAAUAUAAAUGCUUCACAAGCUGGUGCUGGAAAUCUAGAAAUUAUUGUCGCAGUUAAUGGAAAAAAUGUUCCGAAUUUUGUGCAAUCAGAAGGGAAUGCAAGAUUCAAAGUUAAUUUUAAACCAACGGAAGCUGCAACUCAUAGUUUAAGUGUGAGAUUUAAUGGCCAAGCAGUACCAGGAUCACCUUUUGCUUGUAAAGUAACGUCGAGUAACGCGCAACAUCGUGUACCAAUUAGUGGAUCAGCUUUAGAAUUGGCAGCUUUAGGAUCAUCAGCAGAAAUUGUUUUAGAAGGCGUCAGCAGUUUGAAUCCAAAGGUUAUGAUCACAUCUCCAACUGGAAAUACUGUACGAACAACUUUACAAACCCAGGGAGAAUCUGUUAUAGCAAGUUUCACUCCUACCGUUGUUGGGAGACACUCCAUAUCUGUUUUUAUCGCAGAUCAACAUGUUGUGGGUUCACCAUUCCUUUGUAAUGUUUAUGACGUAACAAAAGUAGUUGUGACUGGUCUUCCUGUUGUUGCACCGGCAGAAGUUGGAAAGCCUAUUACAUUCAGUGUUGAUGCUGCUCAAGCCGGGGAGGGUACUUUAGAAUUAGUUGUAUCAACUAAGCAAAGCACUGUCAAAGCUGAGGUUGUGGCUUGUGCCAGAGGAUUGUACGACGUUACAUUUAUUCCACAAACAAGUGAAGUUCAUUUCGUCAACAUAACAUUCAAUGAUACGCCCGUUCCUGGAAGUCCAUUUGAAUGUCCAGUAAUCGAAUCUUUACAAUAUAUUCAUGUGGGAUCUGUGGCGAAAAUUGAUCUACCAUCAGAAAGUCAUCGUGCUGAAAUUGUGGAUCCAAACAACCGUAAAGUAUCCUCAACCAUGCAUGGAAAAACUGCGGAAUUUACAGUCUCUCAAAUUGGAACAUAUCGUGUAUUAGUUUUUCAAGAUAUGGAUUUAAUUGUCACAAAAACCAUACAUAUUUUCGAUCCGUCUAAAAUUGAGGUUGUAUCCGCUCCGGAAGCUAUUUGUCAUCGACCCGCGGUUGUUGGUAUUAGUUUACGUAAUACAGGUCCUGGUGUAUUAUCGGCAUCUGUUAAAGUGGGCAACAAGAAUGUACCACAUAGUGUACGUCAAAAUCCAAGUAAUCCGAAAUUAUGGGAGGUUAUUUUCCAUCCAGAAAAUGCUGCACCACAUAAAAUUAUGUUACUAUAUAAUGGAGUGCCAAAACAGGGAGUUUUGGAAGUACCUGUUCGAGCACCUGGUACAGAACCUUGGGCUGGUGGUUUAGGACUGUAUCAAUCGCAAGUUGGAAAAGUUACUGCAUUCACUAUAGAUACUUUAGGUAAACCAGCUCGAGAGUUUGAUGUUGUAGUAAGUGGACCUAAUGGAUCAGCCCUUCCGGUAAGAUGUUAUCAAACGCGCACUGGAAAAUUACAGGCUGAAUGGACAGCUAAUAUGUCUGGACCACAUCGUGUUGAAGUUCUCCAUCAAGCACGCCCAUUAAGCGGUAGUCCAUUUACAUGUCAAGCUUUCAUUUCCGACCGUGUCAAAAUUGUUGAUCCACCUUCUCAAGUACUUCCUGGAGAUACCGUUAUUUUCAAUGUCAAUACAAAAGAUUGUGGUGUUGCUGAAUUAGACGUUUCUGUCACAAACUCAAUUGGACAAUCAUUACCUGUUCGAAUAACCGAAUUAGAUGAAAAUCUGUACGAAGUAUCCUUUAUCACGGCAACAACUGGAAUAUAUAAUGUCACCGUUUCUUACGGAGGAAUAAAUCUUUCACAAUCACCAUUUAAUGUUGCCGUUGGACCUGUACCACCAUUACCGCCACCUAGAGCAGUUGGGCCUGGCUUGGAAGCUGCUCAAGUUGGUGAAAUGACCAGCUUCACGGUUAACAGUUCAGUACAACCACAAGUCAAGGUCGAAGCUGUUGAAGGUACAAUUAAUGCGCACAUCAAAGCCGUCAAACCUGGAGAAUAUAUUGUUUCUUACAUUCCAUUAUGGGUUGGUACUUACGAUAUUAUAAUUUCAUGUGCUGGUCAAACAUUAGCUGGUUGUCCAUUCCGACCGACAGUCGUAGACACGAACGCAGUACGUGUAAUUGGAGGAUGGCAACAAUAUUUGGACGAGAAUGGUCGUUUGAAAUUGCCAUGUAAAAUUGCAUUGGAUAUAGCUAAUGCAGGACCAGGACAGAUUGAAUGUAUGCUGUCUGAACGUAAAGUUAACAUAGAAGCUAACGGUAAUCGUAUUCGGUUGGACAUUUCAGCUGAAGGAUUAGGUUCUGGUGAACACGACUUCUUGCUUACUUUUGGAAAUAUUCGAUUGACUGACGCACCACAAACGGCUGUUACUUCUGGAGAUCAAGUAGUUUUAACAGGAAGAGGUUUAGCACAAGCUCAGUGCGAUGAAAUAUCCAGUUUUACUAUUGACGGAUCAAGAGCUGGACCUGGAAGUCCUGAAGUCACACUAAAUUCCGCGGACAGUAAUAUGCCUGUUCCAGUAUCAUUAAUCCCUGUUGCCGACAAUGUAUGGAAAGCACAAUACACAAUACAAUCACCUGGAAGCUACUUAUUAUCAGUUUUAUGGGCUGGGCGACCAGUUCGUGGCUGUCCAUUGAUGAUCGAAGCUAAAGGAGGAGCAGAUGCAUCGAAAGUAAUAUGUUCAGGGGAAGGCUUACGUCACGGAGUAGUUGGCCGUGAAAUUCGUUCCUGGAUUGACACACGCAGAGCUGGUCCUGGUGAAUUAACAGCACAUUGCGCAGGACCACGUAAAGUUGCUUAUUGUGAACUAUACGAUCAUGGAGAUGCCACAUUUACGCUAAAUGUUAAACCUCAAGAGUCUGGUCGACAUGCAUUAACAGUGAAGUACGCUGGAAAACAUGUACCUGGUUCACCGUUUUUGUUACGAGUAGCUGGUGCUCCCGAUGCUAGUAAAGUUCGAGUGUAUGGACCGGGUAUUGAACAUGGUGUACUCGCUACAUUCCAAUCACGAUUCAUUUGUGAUACCAGAGGUGCAGGUGCUGGUCAGUUAACUGUCAGAGUGCGUGGACCAAAAGGUGCAUUCCGUGUUGAGAUGCAACGGGAAAGUCAAAAAGACCGAACCAUUUUAUGCAAGUAUGACCCAACAGAACCAGGUGACUAUCGUGUUGAAGUAAAAUGGGCCGGUGAACUUGUUCCCGGAUCACCAUUCCCUGUAAUGAUAUUCGAUACACAAGAGGAACUGCGACGAUACAUCAAUGCGUUGUAGUAUUUUAAAAACGAAUGAAACUGAUGAUUUUUCACAGAUUGAAUUUUGUGGUGACGGUGUUAAAUAAAAAAAAAAAAAAAACAUAAUGUACCUAUUUAUUUA